UGGUAGGAAAUCAAUGCCACCAAUGCCUCAUGGAGUUGAUUUAAGGGGUGUAGCAGGGCACGGUAGUGUGGGCAGUUCAAAACCAGACUCGUCAUUACAUAAUGUGGAGGGCUCAUCAAGUUCGAGGGGAGUAAAAUUUGAGGGUAGUAGUGGCAGGACAAAGACGAUAUCAACAAUGUACGAUUCAGGUUCUCACCUUUCGAGUGCAGAACCAUCACACAGUAGUGGUGGCACAGGGUCAAUUGAUAUCACAGAGGAAAAGAGCUAUUUUGAAACGCUCGUGUCAAGAAGCCCAGAAGAUGUGCAUUUGAAGAAGAAAGGAGUGACUUUUGAGGUUGAUGAAAUGUCAAAGAACGAGAUCGAAUCACCCAAGUCAAGUAGCUUGACCACAUCACAUGCUCAUGGCACCAGGGAUCUUCAUGAGGUUGUGGCUGAAAUUAGAGAUGAAUUUGAGAUUGCUUCCAGUAAUGGAAGGGAAGUUGCUCUGAUGCUUGAGGUUGGGAAGCUUCCUUACCAGCCUAGCCUUGUUAAAGAGCUUGUAUCCAGGAUUUUAUACCUGAUUGUCCCGUCCAUGUCGGUAUCGCAUACGGUGACACUGAAGUCAGUUAGACUGGCUACCAAAACAAGAAAAUUGGUGAAAUCCUAUUUUGGAGAUGUUGGCCAAGACAAUGUUGUGCAGCCCUGUAACCUGUCAGCUACCCUUGACGAGCUAUAUGAAUGGGAGAAGAAAUUAUAUAAGGAAGUUAAGGAUGAAGAAAAACUGCGGCUUGUAUAUGAAAAGCACUGUAGAAGGCUGAGAACCUUGGACGAGCAAGGAGCUGAGUCAAGCAAGAUAGAUGCUACUCAGGCAUCGAUCAGAAGAUUGCUAACAAAACUUAACGUCUGUAUAAAAGCAAUUGACGCAAUUGCACGCAGAAUUCACAAAUUAAGGGAUGAAGAAUUGCAACCCCAAGUUGCAGAAUUAAUUCACGGGCUGGUGAGAAUGUGGAGGUCAAUGCUCAGUUGUCAUCAGAAGCAGUUUCAAGCAGUGAUGGAGAGUAAAACAAGGGCUCUCAAAGCAAAUACUGGAUUUCAAAGAGAUUCAAGCGUGAGAGCUACUCUUGAACUUGAGAUGCAGCUUUCGUCAUGGUGUAGCCACUUUAAUGAUUGGAUUUGCAGCCAGAAAUCCUAUGUAGAAUCCUUAAACGGGUGGCUUCUACGAUGCCUUAAGUAUGAUCUGGAAGAAACCCCCGAUGGACCUGUCCCUUUCUCUCCUGGCCGUCUUGGAGCUCCUCCAGUUUUUGUAAUUUGCAAUGAUUGGAGUCAGGCAAUGGAAGCAAUUUCUGAAACUCGUGUAGCAAUUGCUAUGAAUAGUUUCGCUACAAGUUUGAGGCAGCUUUGGGAAAGACAAGAUGAGGAGCAGAGGCAGAGGAUCAAAGCAGAAUAUCUCUCAAAGGACUACAAGAAACGGCUAACCAUGCUUCAGAGUAAGAGAGGGAGCGUGAAGCAUGAGCAAGAUGCAAUGUCCGACGGAAGUCACAUAAUUGUUCCAUCCGAAAAAGGCAUUUCACCUUUGGACGAUCUAAAGGUGGACUUGGAUAUGUUUAAAAAGAAAUUAGUGGAGGAGAGAACAAAGCACAAGGAUGCCAUUAAGUUAGUGCAUGAUGCAGCUUCUAGUAGUUUACAGGGGGGUUUACUUCCAAUUUUCAAGGCUUUGGAGAACUUCACAUCGGAAGCUCUGAGAGCGCAUGAACAAGUCAGGUUACAGAGUGUUAGAGACAGUUCAUAGGCAGCGUUGGCAUCAUUUUCACAAUUGGAUCCUAACUUUAUUCCAAUUUGGAUAACAUUCAUGGCGACUAGUUAGAGAGAAUGAUAUAUUCGACAGUAACAGCAAUUCACGCAGAGGAUGCUCUUGGUUACGCAGUGGCUAUCAGAAGUUCAGCUUUUGAGACGAUAAGUUUUAGCAUAUUAACUGUUAAUCAUUAAGUCAGUUUUGUCUGUUGAUGUUAAUAGGUAGGUACUUGUAUAGUAAUUCAUUUAUUUGUUGAUUGGGUUUAUUGGUGGAUAGUUUUAUCCAUAGGUAAUUUAUGCUGGAUGUAUGGUUUAUCUGGGUUGGGGAAGGGAUGCACUGUGGAAGUUAGCCCUAAGUCUGUCAGGGUAGGGUUGAUGAAUGAAAAUUUUGGCAAUGUUGCAGAAAAUAAACUCGUUCUAGUUUCCGUCC